AUGGACGUGUGCCCGGCCCCCGUCAGUGGAAUGGACCAGGAGCGCAACUUCCUGCUGGUUCUUGACGAGUACACACGCUACGCCACUGUCUUCCCCUUGCGGCGCAAGGCGGACGUCAGCAGUGUGUUGAUCCCCUGGAUCCAUGCUACUCCUGAGGGGAGUGACUCUGCCGCGGAUGACAAGGCGGCCCCUCGCAGCUCUCCACGCUUGGAGACCCCCUCGGGCUUUCCACCUCGGUCGUCUUUGCCGCCUCCGCAUCCUGCUGCUGUGGACUCUGGAGCCGAGACUACUGGUGCUGAGCUUGGGGGUGCUGAGACAGAAGCCGGACAGCCACCGCAGCCUGAUCUACUUGAGACGCUCUCUCCGCAGGCGAUUCGUGCGUGGAUUGUUCGGCGAGGCAGUCCUGUUGGUGGAAGGUACGGUCCUGCUGGUGCUGGAGCUACUAGUCCUGGAUGUACUGCUGGUGCUGGAGGUGCUGGAGGUACUGCUGGUGUAGGAGGUGCUGCUAGUGCUGGAGGUACUAGAGGUGCUGUUGGUGCUGGAGGUAUUAGAGUUGCUAUUCCUGGAGGUGCUAGAGGAGCUGCUCGUGCUAGAGGUGCCAGUGCUACUAGUCCUGGAGGAGCUACUGGGGCUGCUGGAGGUGCUGGAGCUGCUAGUCCUGGAGGUCCAGCUGGUGCUAGAGGUGCUGGAGCUGCUGGCACUCGAGGUGCUGGAGCUGCUGGUGCUGGAGGUGCUGGAGGUGCUGGUGCUGGAGGCGCUGGAGCUGGAGGUACUGGAGGUACUGGAGCUGCUAGACUUGGGGGUGCUCGUACUGGAGGUGCUGGAGCUGCCGGAGCUGGUGGUGCUGCUGGUGCUGGAGUUGCUGGAGGUGCUACUGGAGGUACUGGAGUUGCUAGAGGUGCUGGAGCUGCUGGUCCUAGAGGUCCACGUACUAGAGGUGCUGGAGCUACCGGAGCAAGUGGUGCUGCUGGUGGUGGCGGUGCUGGAGGUGCUGCUGGAGCUGCUGGCACUAGAGGUGCUGGAGGUACUGCUGGUGCUAGAGGUGCUGGCAUUGUCGGAGCUCGUGGUGCUGCUAGUGCUAGAGGUACUGGAGCUGCUGGUGCUGGAGGUGAUGAUGCUGCUAGUGCAGGAGGAGCUGGAGCUGCUAACUCGUUCGUGCUCGUCGUGUUGCCCGUCCUCGUCCUCCUGUUGUCCCAGGCACUCACAGUAUGGCACUUCUUCCUUCCUCUGUUACAGUGUGUUGUCCUGGCUGAGCCUCCCGCGUUCUCACUUCCGCACGUUCCUGACCCUGACUCCGACCUUGCUCGUGCUGCCAGUCCUACUGUCACUCGUCUCCUCUCUACUGUCGUCAUUGACCCUGACUUUGAGUCUGCUGCUGCGUUUGCCCUACUCACUCAGCUAGUCGAUUCUGCAGCUAGACGUCGUCUCGACUAUGUCACGAGUCUUGUUACUGAGUCUGAGUCUGUCUGUCCUCCAUCCGUCGAGGGCAACUACGUCGACGAGGUAGUCGAUGGCAUGUGGAUUUUCAGAGUGAAGCGGCCGCCGGGUUCUCUGCCUGUCUUCAAGGCUCGUUACGUUGCUCGAGGCUUUAGUCGGCAACAGGGGGUCGACUACUUCCAAACCUUCUCCCCCACUCUGAAGAUGACUACUCGUCGGGUGUUGCUGCACGUUGUAGCACAGCGUGACCAUGAGCUACACUCUCUCGACUUCUCCACAGCUUUCUUGCAGGGCAGCCUUCACGAGGAGAUCUGGCUGCGCCGCCCACCUGGCUUCACUGGGUCGUUUCCUGCUGGUACCCAGUGGUGCCUCCGGCGGCCUGUCUACGGUCUCUGCCAGGCACCCCGCGAGUGGGACGAACGCACACUGAGGACUACACUUGCGGCUCUUGGGUUUGCUCCUUCCACUGCUGACCCGUCGCUGUUUCUACGCACCGACACCACCUUGCCGCCGUUCUACAUUCUCGUGUACGUCGACGACUUGGUUUUUGCCACUGCUGACACUGAGGCGCUGGCCCUAGUGAAGACGGAGCUGCUGGAGAGACACAUUUGA